AUGAAGGCUAGGUGUAAGUACUGUCGUAAAUCCCUUGGUGGGGAAACAAGUAAUGGAACUUCACACCUAAGAAGCCAUAUCAAAACAUGUAUCCAAAAGAGGAUACAUGAUGGUUCUCAAAAAAUACUUGGCCCUAACUAUCAACCUGCUGGAAAUCCUCAACUCUCUGCUUCUCAAUACAAUUAUGAGGUUUCUAGGAAGGAACUUUGUUCAAUGAUUCUGGUCCAUGAGUACCCCCCUUAG